CACACACAGAGACACACCCCCUUCUCUCUCUCUCUCUCUCUCUCUCUCUCUCAACACCUUCCUUCCUUCAUCUUCCUUUUCCUUCCCCCUCCCGGCCAUUAUUUAGAUUCCUCCAAUGGUCUUUUCUCUUCCAUUGGAUUGUACAGAUUCCUGGCCGAAACACCCAUUUCAAUCCCUUCACUCCUUGUAGAUUUUUCUAUUUUCUCUCUUCCUGCUGUUGUCUUGGUCUUUGGUCUUGAUUUCUUCACCGGGACUGUAUUUUUGGACAUACAUACUCUUUCUGGGUAUUUCGGUUCUUGGUUGUUCUCUUCCUGCAGAACUCUCUCUCUCUCUGGGUUUUCCGCAGAGAAGGAGGAGGCGUAGAUGCCCAGCAGCGUAUACUGUAUAGCCGCCCCCAUCAAAACUUUGAACAGAAAUUGAUCUUUUCUUUCUUUGUUUUUUUUUUUGCACAAAUUUUUUGCAAUUAUUUUCUGACCUUUCUUGUCCAUAAGAUUUUCAUCGUCCGACCGUUUUCCCGUCGAUUUUAGUGUAAACUUUGUUUUACGAGGAAGGAAGAAUAGAUGGGCAAGCAAGGCCCUUGCCAUCACUGUGGAGUUACAAGCACCCCUCUUUGGCGUAAUGGGCCACCGGACAAGCCAGUCCUCUGCAAUGCGUGCGGCUCCCGGUGGAGAACAAAAGGAACCUUAUUGAACUACACUCCUCUGCACGCUCGUGCGGAUCCUAUGGACUAUGAAGACCAUAGGGCUGCCCGAGUUAAGAGCAUAUCCAUAAACAAGAACAAGGAAGUAAAGCUCCUGAAGAGAAAGCAUGCCAGUGAUAGUAUGUUAGCAAAUGGGGAUGUUCCACUUGAAUAUAACUCGGGUUUCCCUAAGUUUGUGGAGGAAGACAUGAGUAAUAGAUCGAGUUCUGGGUCUGCCAUGUCCAACUCUGACGUCCAGUUUGAAAGUGCUGAUGCUAGUGAUCUGACAGGUCCAGCUCAGUCAGUUGUGUGGGACUCAAUGGUUCCUUCUAGGAAGAGAACAUGUGUGAACCGCCUGAAACAAUCGUCAGUUGAGAAACUCACGAAAGACUUGCAUGCUAUAAUGCAUGAGCAGCAGUCUUCGUGUUUCUCCGGGUCCUCUGAAGAGGACUUACUUUUGGAGAGCACAACUCCAAUGUGCUCCUUUGAGAUUGGACAUGGCACAGUGAUCUUCAGAGGCCCAAGCUCACUAGCUCGAGAAGAGGAAUCUGAAGCAAGUUCUCUGUCAGUAGAUCGGAAACAAUACAAAGCUAGUGAGGCCUAUUCUCGCACAGCGAACCUUCCUCCUCAUAGAGGUGGUAAGGGUCUUAGUUUUCUGAGUCCAAGUCCCAGAAUGGAGAAGAUUAAGAGGCCUAUCGACCAAGGGUCAGGACUAGAACAACUCAAAAGGGACAUUUCUCAGCAUGAAAACCUGCAAAUUCACGGAGACCACAAUUCCGCUUUGCGUACUAUAAAUCCUAAAGAUGUUAUUAAUGCCGAGGAGUUCAUGAAGCACCUAACUUAUGAGGAGGAACAGCAGCUUCUGAAGUGUAUACCUUCGGGUGAUAAAGCUCGACUUCCCGAGAGCCUCAGAAGCUUGUUUGGUAGCUCAGAAUUCAAGGAGAACUUGUCCUCCUUCCCUCAGCUGCUCGCUGAUGGGCUCUCUGUUGGCUCAUAUUCUGGGGCGAAAGCGGAAGAUUGUAAGACUCUAAAGAAGCUUGCCUUGUUCUGCUUAAUGAAGCGUAAAGAGGUUGAAUCCCACAAUUCACUCGAGGAAAGUAAGAAUAGCUCCAAAAAUAGUUCUGCUGGACUGAGUACGCUUCGAGCUACAGCAUCCAGCAAUUUAGUUGGAGGGAAAAGACCACGUGAUGUGCAGAAUCAGAAUUUUUCAGAAGGAAAGGUGAUGAUGACGAGCCCGAAAAGGCCCAGCAUGAAGGGUAGCUAUGAAAACAGAGAGUUCACGGACAAUGAUGGCUCUUGCUUCAGCCCAAGUAGCCUAUUUGCCUUCCCUCCCAAUGGCAGUGCCCUCAUGCUCGAGCCUUCGCCAUUUGUAGAGGAGAACUCCGAUCAGGAUCUCCUUCUCAACGUGCCGUCGAAUAGCUCGUUUCCUCAGGCAGAGCUUCUGCACCCAGCUCCAAGUUUCGGUUCACUGUCCCAACUGGCGAGUACUAGUAGCAGUUCAGUGCACCAGUACCCUAUGCAUCCCAGAUGAUGCCUCCUUUCGGGGAUUGCCCGGUUCACUAGGUCUAUACUAGGCAUGUGGCCUUGAAGAAAUAUUUUGGAUGGUUAGGACUGAGUAAACAAUAUCCGAACCGCGGACAGUUUGUGAAUGAGGUUUGAUGGGCUCUGUUCUUUCUUCUACUUGACGUUUUUCCGAACUCGGGAUGAGUACAGAUUGGGCUGCGUUUUUCUGUAUAGGAUGUUUAACAGGUUGUAAUAUAUAGUUCAGGAUGCAGAGUUGGUUUACUCUUCAAAGGUUCCGUCUUUGCAAUUUCAAUUUCUUUCUAAUUA